AUGUCUAUGAAGGAAACCCUCGAGUCCACUGCCUCUGGCUGGCUCUCAGACUUGGAGAGCCGCUCUAUCGAAAACGUUGUUUCCAAAUGGACUGAAGACAUUCACUACGCGGUUCAUCCGGAUACAAACGGCAUCUACCCAAUGAAUAGAGAACAAUUCCGGACCAACGACCGAGCAGCCAACAUCUUCAAGCACUUGAAGUCAAUCAAAAUCACUAUCAAUGAGAUGUUCACAGAUGUGGAGAAGAGAACGGUGACGAUGGUGUGCACAAGCAAGGGUGAGACGGCGGCUGGGUCGUACGGCACUGAUUGCCUGUUUGUGGCGACAAUGACAGAGGAUGGCAAGAAGAUUAAGAAGCUGUCUGAGUGGAUUGACUUUCAGAAAAGACAAGGCGCACUCAGCAGUGCUAUCCACUAA